AUGCUUCAAGCGCGGAAAAUCGAUGAUUUGCCAGAGUCACCCAAAAAACCCAAUAUUAAAGUGAUUGUCCUUGGUUGCAGCAAGACUGGAACACUUGGGUUAUAUCGAGCAUUCAAAAUACUUGGCUAUAAGCCGUAUCACGCUGCAGAGCUCAUACGAAGUCAAGAUCACAGCCAUAAAGCCAUCUUCCAAGAGGCAUUAUUAGCUGAGAACGACCGCUUUUCGGGUAUCAGACCAUACGGACGAGUCGAAUUUGACAAAUGGUUUCAGGACUAUGAUUCAAUCAUCGAAGUGCCUUGCUACAUGCCUGUACAAAUCUACAGCGCAUAUUUGAGCGAUCCGAACAUAAAGUUUCUUCUAACUGAGCGAGACCCCGACAAAUGGGUCAGAUCAUUUAAUAAACAAAUGGGUGGCAUGAACGAUUAUCUUGCAUCUAUCUCUAUGAGCGUCCUGAGAUAUUUCGAUAUCGGUCUAUGGCAUCACUGGCGAUUCAACAGCCUAGUUUACAAUUUGUUUAGCGGGACAACUAAAAGAGGCCAUCCUGAAAACGAGCAGAUAUUGCGUCAGAAUUAUGUCAACUACAACAAUUUUGUCAAGAAAUUAAUUCCUAAAGAAAGACUACGUGUCAUUAAGCUAGAGGAAGGAUUGGGAUGGGAUGAACUUUGCGACUUUCUCGAGGUUCCGAGACCCAACGUGCCAUAUCCAAAUUUUGAUGAUCAUAUCGCACUCCGAGAUGCAUUGGUUGGGCAAUUGAUAAAAAGGGCUUUGAUCAAGUUUACCUUAGUAACUGCUUCAAUUAUUGGAAUUGGGAUGGUAUUUCUUUGGAAGCGGCGGAAGUAA